CGCCGUACCAGGACCAGAUGCUGGUGAGUCCAGCAGUGCACCCUCUGACCGCCAACUGGAGCAACGCGUCGACCACGUCGUAGCAAUGCUCGGUGACAUCAACACCUUCGCUGCGUCGACCACCAUCAACAAUCAGCUGGAUACUUUGAAGACCGAAGUCCAGCAAUUGCAGUCGACGAACGCGGAUGGCAACAAUCCAAAGCAAUACAAGAUGCCAACUUUUGAACUUGACAAAUUCGACGACUACACGCAUCAGGACCGGGUGCUCUGGUGGGAAGCUUUCACGACGCAACUUCAGAUUCUGCCUGUCGCCAAACACGCGUACAUCGACGCCCUGUUCAUGAACUCAAAGGGCGGAUACCAGAUUCGGUUAACCCACCUGGCAGCCACCCACGGCGUCGACGUCGCAAAUCUGAAAGACAAGAUCUCAUGGGAAGAGUUAACACGACUGUGGAAGAAGCGGUUCAUCGUUGACGACGCACCAGCACACGCCAUCAACCGUCUCGUCACCAUGACUCAAGGCAACACAGAAACACGUGACUGGCUCACGGAAUGGCAGAAGAUCGCGGCAACGCCCGAUCUUGACUUACCAUUUCCGCAUCUGCGCCGUGAGUUCUACAACAGGUCAUGCGCUGCAUUGAACCAGACACUUGGUGAUCGCGAGCAGUAUGCAACUUUUGCCGAAAUUAUUGACAAGGCGAGAGAGAUCAUCAAGACCAACAGGGCGGCUGCUCACGAGAAGUCAACGUGGCAGCCAACCUAUGUGGAGAAGGUGAGAACUGGUCCGCGGCAGCAGCAGUUCGCUGCAGUCCAAUCGGACAACACUGUGGAAGACCCGGCAGCCACCCAAGCGUCACGUGAGGGAGAUCAGGUGGCUGCUGUCCAACCGCGAAGCAACAACAAGCCCCGAGUGCCAUUCGUAUUCGAUGACGACGCACGCCGGUCAUUCCAAGCACUUAAGACGACUAUGCUCAUGGCACUCGUCCUUAGCAUCUAUAACCCCACCCUGCCGACGAGAGUGACUACGGACGCUUCCAGCUAUGGCAUUGGGGCAGUCUUGGAACAGCACGACGGUGACGACUGGCACCCUGUGGAGUAUUUCAACCACGAAGUGCCUCCCAUCAACUCGCUUGAUGUUGUAAGGAAGAAGGAGCUGCUCGCAUUGGUGAUGACUCUCAAGCGCUGGCGGCACUUCCUCCUUGGGCGUCGUAGGUUCACAUGGGUCACAGACAACAAUCCAUUGACCUACUACAAGACGCAGGAUACGGUGAGCAACACGAUCGGACGAUGGAUGUACUACAUCGACCAAUUUGACUUCACACCGAAACAUCUUCCCGGCCUCUCCAAUCGCGCAGCAGAUGCACUCUCGCGAAGACCUGAUCUUUGCGCUAUGACACAUCACGCCUUCGCAUUCGACGAGGAGCUCCAGCGACACUUCAUCAGGGGCUACGAGCCCGAUCCAGACUUCGCCACGCUAUAUGCGCAGCUAUCUUCGGAUCACCUGCCGACCAGCCACUAUCGCAUUGCCGAUGGGUACUUGCUCCUGCAUUGGCGGGGCAAGGACUUACUAUGUGUCCCACGCGACCGCCGUCUUCGGACUCGCCUCCUCGGCGAGUAUCAUGAUUCGCGACUUGCCGGCCAUUUCAGAGUCAACCGCACUAUUGCACGACUUCGACAACGAUUCCGAUGGCCCGACCUCAUCACCGACGUCACGAGGUAUUGCGACUCUUGCGAAGUUUGCCGACGAAGCAAACCCCGCAACCGCAACCCCUACGGCGAGCUGCGCCUGAUGCCGAUCCCGCAGGAACCCGGCCUCUCCAUGGCCAUGGAUGUCAUCGGACCAUUCCCCCGCGACCGCCUUGGACACGACGACAUCCUCACGGUUGUGGACCGUUUGAAGUUGUUUAAAUCCGAAAUCGUCACGAAGACUGUGGAAGGGAGACUUCAGUCCAAAGGCUUUGCAAAAGUGACCUUUGGAACAGAAGAGGCAGCUGAAAGGGCCUGCCUUCUUGGAGAGGAGGGGUUGCUGAUGCUCAUGGAACGCAAGCUCACUGUCAAAGUACUUAAGAGACAAGCUAAAAGAAAUCCGGAACAUGGCUUCGUAUCAAUACCAGGCGCGACAGUUGAAAUUGGGUCACUUAUCGAGGAGAAUGUUUUCUCCAUUGAAUGGGCAUCAGAGCCUGGACAAGCGACGGUCCAGUUCGACUUCCCUCAGCGAAAAGUGGAUGUUGUCAUUCUCGAUACUUGUGUCCGCAUAGGAAGCAUUGGUGGGAUGAAAAAUGAUCUCUCCCUCCAGUGGGGAAAUGGUUAUCAAAUGGAUUGGCAAAUGGACCAAACGGUCUACCUGCAAGAGAUCAAGCUUGUGUUCAGAUUCAAGGAGCUGAUUCGGUUUGACAAGGCUGGUCAAACUAAGCCCGACGCAGCUAAUACUGUGAUAUUUGAGGCUUGCCACCCGCCAGGGGUUUAUGUGCGUUUAAUGCAGCCAGGGGGCGUUAGUGGAGAGCGACUAGAUGACUAUGUCUGGUGUUCUGAGAAUGAAGGAUCAUGGACAAGGACAGUUGACCUUACUGCAAAUGGAAGUAUUGGACGGAGCUUGGUCUACCGCGUUGUUUUCCCAUCGACUAUGAUUCAACAACUGGAGGUGGUCAUGUAUAACCUUGAGGACUUCCAUGUUGUAGGUUCACAUGUGCAUGGUAAAGAGUGGAGGCCCAUGGAGACAUGCCAGGCAGAUAAUAUGGCAAAAGGGAUGAGGGGGGUGGAUGAAGGUGCACCACCCACAACCCCGUUGUCUGGAAAGCCUGGCAUUCCACCUGAGGUGGUCUUUGCCCUUCAUCGUUUGUUGCAGAAGAAUCUUAUAUGCUCGCAAAAGCUGACUGACGAAUUCUAUGAACUAUUGCGCCCCUCGAGUGAGCUAUCAAUGAAACGUGUGCUGUCAGCGUUGGAUAGAAUGCAUGAUGGAGGACGGAAGGAGAAAACAUAUGAUCCUUCGGAUUGGCUGCGAGGUGAACUGAUGAAAUUAUGGUCGAAGAAAGGGGAUGGUAAGGAGUACGCUGAUCCCGGGGAGGGGAAAAUGUAUAUGCGCCGACUCAUAGUGACACCAACCCGAGUAAAUUGCGAGGGGCCGGAAAUCGAACUAAGCAAUCGUGUGACAAGGAGGUUUAAAGAGCAACAGGGCGAGUUUCUGAGAGUCACUUUUGCGGAUGAAGGGUUCGGGCCUCUGUGCUCCCAUGAACUAUGGUCUAACCUGUUCCCUGAUAGCAAGGACAAGCAGCACUCGCUUGUGUAUGACCGGAUCCUAUCCUUCCUGCGCGAUGGAAUUGUAAUAGGCAGUCGGAGGUUUGAGUUCCUCGCUUUCUCUGCGAGCCAGCUGCGGGAGCAGUCAGUAUGGUUUUUUGCAUCUGGCGGCCAGGUUGGGCCAAGCAACAUCCGCCUCUGGAUGGGAGAUUUCUCUAAAUUUCGAAACAUUGCAAAAUGUGCCGCAAGGAUGGGCCAGUGUUUUUCGUCAACAACUGCCACUAAGAAGGUUAAAGCUCAGGAGGUGGAGAGUAUUCCUGAUGUGAUGACCUUUGAUGGCAGGUAUUGCUUCUCUGAUGGUGUCGGCAAAAUCUCUGCAUCUUUUGCUCUUGAAAUUGCUACAGAAGCUGGGAUCCUCAGGCGAAAUGGAGGCCUCUGCCCAUCUGCGUUCCAGAUUCGUUAUGGAGGAUCAAAGGGUCUUGUGGUAGUCGAUCCCCACUCAACAUUUAAGUUGUCUCUGCGACCAAGUAUGGUCAAGUUUGAUUCCAUCCACCAAGAUCUCGAAGUGAUUACACAUUCCAAAUAUCUUCCAUGCUUCCUCAACCGCCAGAUCAUCAACAUACUGUCCGGGCUGGGCAUCCCAGACCAGAUAUUUAUAGAGCUGCAAGAUGCUAUGAUUCACUUCCUCGAUUUCAUGAUUGAUGAUCCCGAGGUAGCCUUGGGCCUUCUACGUGUUAUGUGCGCAGGACAGGUCCAUGACGUUAUGACACAUAUGUUGGAGUCAGGGUUUCACCCAACGUUAGAGCCGCACCUUCAAGUGAUGCUGGGUGCAUUCCGUGCAGCGAACAUUCUGGAUUUGCGGAGCAAAGCGCGCAUGUUCGUCCAAAAGGGAAGGUGCCUUCUUGGGUGCAUGGAUGAAACACGAAUGCUAGCCCAUGGUGAAGUUUUCAUCCAAGUUACAUGCACAACUGAUGAUCAGGACUUGCAGCAAUUACCAAAUGGAGGGAGUCAUUCGAGGCGUGGGUCGGGAGCAGGCCGAACUGCCUUGCUCCAUGACGUGCACGCUGUUAUCACAGGCUUGGUGGCUGUAGUUAGGAAUCCUUGCUUGCAUCCUGGAGACGUGCGAGUCCUCGUUGCUGUUGACGUACCUGCUCUUCACCACAUAGUAGACUGUGUAGUUUUUCCACAAACCGGACCCCGACCACAUCCAAAUGAAUGCUCUGGAGGAGACUUGGACGGCGACCUUUACACAGUCAUCUGGGAUGAGCGCCUGAUUCCUUCCACCCCAGUAGAGCCUAUGGAGUACAUGGACCUCAAUGCCCAAGAAUUGGAUAGACCGAUUCAACUGGAGGACCUUCAAAGAUUCUUCGUCAACCACAUGAUAAACGACAACCUAGGCCUGAUUUCUAAUGCGCAUACAGCUCAAGCCGAUAUGAGUCCGCAAGGGGUCUUCGAUCCGCUGUGCAUUGAGCUUGCAAAACUAUUCUCCAUGGCAGUCGACUACCCGAAGACUGGUGUCCCAGCUGUCAUGCCUAGAGAGGCCAAGCCAACAAAGUUCCCAGAUUUUCUGGAGAAAGAAUACAAGGAGAGCUAUGAGUCGGAGAAAAUACUCGGUAUUCUGUACCGCAAAGUGAAAGCCAUGACUCCUCAGUGUUUGCCAGAAACCCUACGAGUGACCAUAGCCAAGUUGCAGGAUGCUUACGAUGAAGACCUUGAGUAUGGCGAGUUUCGUUUGUAUCUUGGAGAGGCAUGGGCGUGCAAGCGCGACUACAACAUGCGCUUAGCUUCCCUCAUGAAUCAGUUCCAGAUUACGAGUGAGGCGGAGAUUGUAACCGGGUACAUUCUACAGUUCUCUCCACACUACCAGAAGAAGUCAAAGGAGAUUAAGGAACGAGUAAGGGACCGCUACAUUGCCAUCAGGAAGCAGGCAAGGAAAUGGUUCGCACACGGGUAUGCAUUUGCAGCGGCAGAUGAUCAAAAUGACAAUCGCUCCGAUUGGGUUGAGGAGAAAAGUCUAGAUCCCCACGAAGACAUGCAACGGGCAUCUGCAUGGUAUCAUGUAACCUAUCAUCCCAUCUGGUUAGAAAGAGCGGUGCGUGAAGGGUACAAAGGAGACCCACUGUUGAGCUUUGCAUGGGUGCCUUAUAAAGAGCUUGCGAUUAUCAAGGGUAUGUCUCGGGAUACACCAAAGAAAGCUUCUACAGGCAAACCUUUUCAAAGUUUCAUCAGGUGACUGAUUUAUUUGCUGCAAGCCUGCAACCAGAUAACAAAGCGACAAGCAACACCUAUUCCGACAGGUAACUUAUUGAACAGGAAGUGAAGUGCUAAAAUGUCAGACUGAGUCCUUCAUGGAACAACAAGACCUGUUGGCUAUGGCUUCAUUUGAUGCGGACUGCUCUCUCUCUCUCUCUCUCUCUCUCUCUCUCUCUCUCUCUCUCUCUCUCUCUCUCUCGUUUUGUGACAUAGACGAACACAGAUAUAUUGUGCAGAGCAUCUGUGCCACCUCUCCCAGGUUCAUACGGGAAUUCUCCCUUGGUCCGCGUCCAGCAAUUAACUUACCUGAAUUGUUAUAGCCUUGCAUGUCGUCCUUGCCCUCUCGGAUGUUCACGCGACAGUCAGUUAUAUCUGAAAUUUUACGACAGGUCAAUGCCACGGGCCGGGACACAUGCAGGGGGCUUUGCCAGUGCAUGCAUCCUCGUUCAUCUUUAUCUUUACCUGCCAGUUACAUGACCUUCCUCGCUGUGCAGAUUGUCCAUGUCCGGAGGUCCAGAGGUCCACUACAGUUUCCUUUUGCAAACAGCAUUGAACAGGGUAACAAUUCUGCUCCUCUAUUCCUUUGUUCCUCUGUUCUUCUGUUGCUCUGCUCGUCUGCUUCCUCUGUUCCUGUGAUACUCUUCCUCCACUCGUUUGAUCGCAAUGUUGUGCUGCGCAGGCCAUGAACUCUGUGCCUAUUCCGUGAAAGUAAAGCCUCGCGCAUUGA